UUAGUUUGUUCGGUUUUCUAGCAGUUAGUUCUGAAGUAUUACUCAGUUUUUCGGUAUACAUGAAAUAUUCAGUACAUGGCACUGUGAAUAGUGUAGAAGAAUACAUUCACCACACUCCAAAUAAUGUAGUUUUCGUUCGAAUUCGCUGUCGUGCUGGCAGAAAAACUUGGUUGAAGAACUCCAGUUUCUGACCUAAAAAUAAUUCAACACAACACUUUCGCUCGUGCUCUCACCUACACAAAUCCGUUUAGUGAGAAUGUAAUCGCAAGAAUUUCUCUUGCUGUCAUAUUCAUAGCAGUCAGCCGCGGCUGGAGUGAAGCGUGUAACCCAUACACUAAAGUGAUUGAAAACAGCAGCGGAACACUACUGCUCGUGUGUGAAGUAUACUGUGCAGAAGUAGUUGUGCUGUAAAAAAACAGCAAGAAACUACGAAAACCAAACUGUCGUACGUUGAAGUGAAAUUUUCCAACAAUAAUUGAAAUUAUCUAUUCUAAUAAACUGAAAAAAGUCUGGCUGAAUGUUUUAUUCCAAGGAAUAGUUUUGAACGGUAAAUAAAUCAAAACAUAAAUCAAACCGGACAAAUUUAAAAAGUAUAUACGACACUUUUGCGACUCCCGAAUCGGUGAUGGAGUGCAGCUUUCUUGCUUCAACAUUCAGUCGGAGAUGGGAGCGUAUCAGCAUUGAUUCUCACCUCUAUGCUUAAUUCGUUCGGUAUGUGAUUAUGUGAUAAGUUGUUAAUCUUUUUGCGACGUAAAGCAUGAUUAACACUACGUAUUCGAAGCAUAACUAAAUAGAUGGAAGAAAAUGUUAAGUUAAACUGAAGGAAAAUUAUUUUGUAACCAUUGAAUCUGACAUAAGAAGUGCAAGAGAACGAUUUUUUUGUUUACAAUUUAUGACACUAGUAGAAGCGUAAACGCGUGUGUGUGAGAACUCCCUAAAUUGGUGUGCGUGGAAUAACAUAUACUUCUGAAGUACAAGUGUAAUGCAAUAAAAAAAUGUAAUCUAUCUAACGGGCAAUUGUGUACAAACAAUGUCUCACUAGUAACAAGUUUUGUUAGCAUCAAACAAGUGCGAAUAAUCAAUAGUGUGCAGACGUCAUGCAAAUCAAGUUCUGGCAGUGAUGAUUAAAAUGUUGACAGAUCCAAGAUGCUGUAGAUGAAAAAUUGAAAAAUCAAAGAGUAGGAUCAUGCGAAUACACCAAACCUAUACCUACAAAAAAGCCAAACUGAUAAAGUAGAGUUUGAACCGUGUUUGUUCAGUGUGGAUAUGUGUUUUGUGCUCACAAACUGGUAGUUUCAUUAAGCAGACCGUUUUUUGGACAACUAAUACUUCGGUUCACUGCAACUAAAUCAAUGAAAGAAGUUUUUGCACCAAUUACCUUCAUAACUGUUCGAUCAUCGCAGUGGGCUCUAUCAUACGCAAUAUGAUUUCUUGUGGAAAAUGAAGAUUACCCAGAAAUAAAAUUUGAUAAGUGACAAGACAUAGAGUUAAUUUUCUUCGACCGUAUGUGAAGCUCAUAAACAUGGAAACCUUGACCGAAAGUAGCAUCGCUACGGAGCUUCGCUCGGAGCCGCUUAUUGCCACAUCUCCAGAUCAAGUACGAGUCCUGCACGAGCAACACAACAACAAUAAUAAUGAUGAAGUCGCCUUAGAAGACGUGAUUAAUCCCAACAACUUGGAAGAUCAAUCACAAUCAUCCCAAGAUAGUAAUGGCGUGAUGUCUCCAACACCAGGUGGCAGCGAGACUCCAGGAGAUACGGUUGAACGUAUUGCCAAGGAACCGAAUAGUAGUGGUUCGGAAAAAACCUGCCAUGAAGCUACUGAUUCACGCCACGAUUUAGAAGCAAUGGAAAACAAAUACUCCUGCAGUAUACAGGACGCAGCCAGUGUGUCUCCAUCGAUCGAAGUGCCCCCGGAUAGAGCGGCGGCUAUCGCUGCCGCUCCUACACCCAAAAUCACCAUAGCGCCAAUUUCGAAUGGCAGUUUAUUAGCUAAAUCUAGUGGAAAACCAACUACCAUGCGCGAUCUGGACCGCAAAAUGAAUAAAUCACGCGGACGACCAAAACGGCGAGCCAUGGUGGCAAUGUAUCAGAGUGAGAUAAGCGAAAACAAGAUCGGUAUCAAGCUGUGUAUAAAAAAAGCAUCUGAUGCGAUAGUACAACAACCAAAGAAAACGACCCGAAAACGCUCACGUAAACCCAAAAGCCUUACGGAAGACAGUGACGAGGAAACCGGAGGAGGAGCCUCGCCAGAGAAACGUACCCGAAAGCCACGGGAAAGCUCCAGUAGGAAAACCAAUAACAAUACAGAAAAAGUCUCCCAAGAAGAACACAAACCACCGGAAGAUCAAAGCGCAUGGGCUGAUCAGCUGCCGGAGCAUGUUUUGUGCAUGAUCUUCCAAAAUGUCAUCCAAGACGAAGGUUGCAUUCCAUCGUUGAUCCGAUUCGGCAGAGUCUGUUCCGCCUGGCAUAGAGCAUCCCUAGUGCCUUCUCUCUGGCGAACAGUGGACCUAGGUAACUGGACCAAGGAACGAUUUAAGACCGAACUAAAGUUGAAGUGGCUUAUCGAUAACCGUCUACGUAACAGUACCGAUGUUAGUCUCGGUAACUGGAAAAUUACCAACGUGCAAUGUGUACUUGAUAGGCUGCUGGCAGCUGCUCCCAACCUUGUUGGGAUUACACUAAACGGCUGGAAACAACUAACCUCCGAUCAUCUAAUGUUCCUGGUACAGGAAUUCAAAAGUCUACGGAGGAUCGAUUUAAGUUCUAUAAACGCUGAAGUCAAUGCCAACAAAACUGCAGUGGGACAGGUUUCGUUGUGCAGCGCCAUUUCCGAAAUGGGCGAACGAUUAACCCAUCUCUAUUUGGCUCACAAUCGUUUGAGUGGCAUUCCCCAAAUUGUCAAAGCCCUUUCGACCCAGUGCCCGAAUUUGACGUUGCUUGAUCUGUCCAAUGUCACCACCAUAGCCAUCUCACAUGGUAUACUCAAUAUUGAGCAACUUCAGCAUGGUUGUCGGCUGCUCAAAGUGCUAAGGAUAACUAACUCCCAUAUUAAUUUGAGCACAGCCACCCUCCAGGAACAGAUGGAGUCACUGGGCUUUCCAGAGUUAGAAGAACUUUCGGUGGCAUCCCUUGCCGAUGAAUCACGUCUUUUCAACGAUGAAUAUCUGCAGAGGAUUCUUAAAACAAGUACCCAGUUGAAACUGUUGGAUGUGAGAGGCUGUUCCAGAUUAACGCACGAUAGUUUAAUUCGAUUGCCCACGUGGGAUUUGAAGCAUCUAUUUCUCUCCGGUUGUUCCAUCACCAGAGAUAUGGGAUCUGGUCUGGAGCUGAUUGCAUCUAAAUGGGCCCACAGUUUGAUAGAGUUUGAUUUGGCUUGGGCCAACGCCACAAAGCCACUGGAUGAUGCACUCAAAGCGCUGGCCGAUAAAGGUUCCGAGUCACCGUUAAACCAUCUUAAUCUGUGUGGAUCAUCCGUUUCCCUCGAAGCGGUCAAAGAGGUACUCACCAAUUGCCCGCACAUCAACUCUAUCAAUCUAUCAUCAUGCCGCGGUCUUCCGCGGGGCGUCAAGCGACUCCUGCAAGGCCCAACGGAGAUUGCCGAGUUGCGGGAAAACUUGGGAGUUACGCUAAAACAGCCCAAAUCAGCUGUAGCAUAAGUGAGUUUUUGUGCAACUCCUCGUUAUCAUGGCAAGUAAUCGUGUUCUCAAAGCAGUAACAUUCUCGAUGAGAUUACGGGCGCGUAUGUUUGUGUUUUGGCAAAAAUGUUAUUUUGUGAUAUUAUUACUCUGAUGAAAGCGAUAGCACACUUGCUAUGAAAGAGGAUUGUUCAUCAGAAUGUAGUUAAGGAAGAAUAAGCUAUCAGCCUCUGGGAAAACAUAGUAUUGUGUUGUCCCUGUUAAACAGUUUUAGAUCUUAGAAGUGAUUGUAUAUUUAUUUACUACAACAUGUUUUGUAUCGUCUGGAAAUUAUUUUAAAUCUAUUUUUUGAUAGAUAGGCUGCGCAGCUACGAUUUUUUUUAUUUUCUUUUAAAUGUCAACUUAAAGCUCUAUAAGUGAGUGCACAGCAUUCACAUUACUACUCAGUAUUGUAUAGUCUAUAUUGGCUCUCUAAAUUUAUUUUUCCAACGUUUUCUACUAACUCAAUCCAAACUCCAAAUAUUAUUAAAUCACUUGUGGAUCACUUCUCGUAAGAAUAAUUAGCACUAAAUGAAUGUAAUGGUUGUCCGAGUUUGUCCUGGUGAAAUACAACGGGAGUACAACGGAAAUACAUACGUAUAAAGGAACAAUUCAAGUCAAGGAAUAAAACAAGCUGGACGGUCAUAAUCACAAAAGGUGACUCGAAAUAUGUAAGUAUGACACUUGCAGAUUGUUAUAUGGUUCGCGAAACUCUAGUAACAGGUAUCCUACAAUAAAACAUUACGAACCAGAUUAUCUGACACUGGCGGAAUGACUCAUUCUAUCAUAAAUGCAAUACCAAGUUUCAGAUCAUGGAUGUUGUCGAGCCCGAAAAAAUAGUUCUGCAGUGCGAUAUUCAAUUUGUAGAAAUUGCGUUCCAGGAUAUUUGAAAAAUAAUCCACGAUUCGUAUUUCUUCAUCAAUCAAAAACUUUUACUUCUUUUCAUAUUUUUACUUACAUGAUCCCCCAAGGCUUUUAAUAAUUCGUCACCUUUGUGGCAAUUUUGGGUAAGGCCUGAUAUGAGUUAAUACCAAUUCUCCCCGUUUCGUGAUACCAGUUUGAGAACAAGCGAAUGAUAGGCUGGAUUUGAGAUAUUCGAUUUUUAUAAAAUUAAUUGGUAAAAGGUUUUUCUCGAAAGAAAGCUGUAAUGUUGUUUUAUAAGUCAUUUGUAAUCAGGCCUUUCUUUUGGACAUAGCUCGGAAACCAUGCUAAUACUAUAAAAAGUGAGUUUCAAACUUAUAGAAUAAUCGCUAAAUAUUAGUGAAAUGGAUUUUCAUUACUUUACUUUCUCAAGUAAUCGUGAAAGAAUGUUCUCUUUUCAUUUUGCAACGUACGAUCGCACAACUUUAGUUAGGAAAUUCAUAAGCAGUACCUUCAUCAAUUGUUCAGAUCUACGUAUUAACGAAAGGGUGAAAAAUCGAAAAAAACAUACUUCACAUUAAACAAUGUUCCACUCGAGCCAUAUUACUAAUUCUAUUGAUAGGAUAACCACGUACGACGAGUAGAACCGCUCGUCAGUUAUCAGUUUGUGAAGAACAUAAACUGGUGAUCUCUUAAAAUAAUAUUUGGGUUUGAACUGAGUGUCCAAAUUACCAUGCAUAAGCAUAACCAAUAAAUUUAUAAUCAAGUAACUUUACAAUUGAGCAAUGUUUAAUAUUUUGAUAACUGACAACCGUAUUUAAAUAUCAGUUCAGUAAAAGCAUGAUCUGAUAACUUUUCCUAGGUUACAAUUCGCAUAUCAUGAGAAACGCGAAGGUUCGUUGAUAUCAUUAAAAUACCUGUAUAAUUUCGCAAAUGUUGUUAUAAACGGAAACCAGUCAAUAUAUAUAUAAAAUGCUAAUUCCGUUAUCAACAAUAUAAUGUUUUAUUAAAAGGAUACUCAAAUACUUUUUCCAAUCACAGGUUUGACAGUUUUCUCCAGAUGUUAUUUACGUCUAAUUUCUAAUCAAUCUACAGGUUUUUUUUCAUGUCAAAUGAAUAAUUGUCAAGAUGCUUUUUAAUUGGGCAUUUUGUAAUCCCUGAUGCAGCGCCAUUUUGUCAUCUCAA